UGAACAAUGGCCGUAGUGAUGCUGGGUCACUGAUCUAAAGUCACCAGAAGCCCGUUAUCCCUCAAGGAUCAUGUUCGAUCUUGGAGAAGCUGUUGUACCAUGGAGCUUGUCUGCAAGAGGUGAUGUCCGCUCUUGGCCAGUCCCGUGGUUGGUGAUGGUGGUGCCCUUGAAAGCUCUUGGACAGCUGUACCUCUAGCUCCUAUCAUGGGAGUUCUAUUUGACUAGAACAAGUGUGUCUACCCGACUUGAUAACAACGGUAUCGGUUCAUUGUUCCGAGUCGGAAUUCCCGACAGGGCUACACUUCUAGCCACAUAUGUGGUUAGAACCACUGCGUCUACUUCAUUCAGUGAGCACACUGUCAGCCUAUGAUUCUGAUCAAGCUACAUUUCUAGCCACAUCUGUGGUUAGAACCACUGCGUCUACAUCAUUCAGCGAUCAUACUGUCAGCCUAUGAUUGUGGUCAAGCUACAUUUCUAGCCACAUAUGUGGUUAGAACCACUGCGUCUACUUCAUUCAGCGAUCACGCUGUCAGCCUAUGAUUGUGGUAAAGCUACAUUUCUAGCCACAUAUGUGGUUAGAACCACUGCGUCUACUUCAUUCAGCGAUCACACUGUCGGCUUAUGAUUCUGGUCAAGCUACAACUUGCUUCAGUGAUCCCAUUUUAGUACAUAGGUGGUCAAGCUAUAUUUCUGGCCUCACAUGUGGUUGGAACUGGCGCGUCUACUUCACCCAAUGAGCUGACGGUGUCAGAGUGACGGACAUCUUACUCUCCUCUUGAGGGCUAGUUCUACAUCGACUAGCCAGUUUUUGAUCGGUAUCCUGCUGUGGAUUCGUUCACUUUUUGCUCGCCUCAAUGCGAUUUUGCAUUCCCUGUCACAUGCUCCAUGAGCAAGGACCAUAAUGAUGGUGGACCACUGAUCUGAGGUCGGUAGGUGCCCGUUAUCCCUCAGGUUCAUGCUCGAUGUCGAAAUCUCGAUAUUGAGGUCGUCCGCAAGAAGAAGUGUCCGCUCUUGACCAGUCCUUUGGUCGGUAUUAGUGAGGAUGUGCCCUUGGAAGCCCUUGUACCAUUAAGCCCGACCAUAAGAAAAAGAAGAAGAAGAAGAAUUGUCCGCCUUAGGCCAGUUCUCUGGUCGGUAUUAGUGAUGCCAUGCCCUUGUACCAUUACGUCACACCGCAAGAAGAAGAAGAGGAAGUGUCCGCUCUUGGCCAGUUCUUUGGUCGGGAUUAGUGAUGCUGUGCCCUUGGAAGCCCUUGUGCCAUUAAGCCUGCACGCAAGAAGAAGUGUUCGUUCUUGGCCAACCCUUUGGAAGAAGAAGUGUCCGCUAUGUUGCUUUUCUGUGGAGACUAUUCCGGGCUCACAGCUUUUCGAAAAUGCGAAUCAACUACCUCACUUUUUCCCUCUUCUCACUCAUGCAUUCCGUGUCCCAGUGUGAUAGCGAUGCAUCAGUGAAUGCCGCCCCGGUUACUGGCGAUGCUGAACAGAGGUUUCUCUCUGUUGCUAAAAAUAAUGAAGUAAGGAUUUCCAAGAGCGAACCAUUUGCAGCUGAAACAACCGAGGACAUUUGGGGCGACAUCCGCCUCCUUGCGAGCGACGAUGGCCAAGGGACUUUCGGAAAGUGGUCCAACCCUGUAAUAAUCAUAUCGAGCGUCGUGGCCGCUGUUGCUCUGUUUUUCCUCGUUUGCUGUUGUGGAUGCGGGUACAUCGGUGGCCUCGGGAGUCUGGCCAUUCUCCUUGCCCUCGGAGGAUGGAUACUGUACAUAAAACUAUACAAGAAUUAGAAUAGCAACUACCAAUGAAAAAUUGGAGAGGAUUUUGUGAAAAAUUUAGGCACUGUGCUUGAGUCGAUUCCACGUUGGCAAACUCUAACGUUUUAGAGGUGCUCGUGGCUAAUGAGUCUGCCUAUAGUGACGUUCUAAGGUUGUAAUUUCAUCUAAAUUGGAGUACGGUCG